CCAGAAUCCGCACGAAGCGGACCGAUUUCUCCUCUGAUAACUAUAAAUUCUCCUCCUACUUCAUCCCGAUUCAUCAUCAGAAAUCUCAAGUCUCACAUCAUUCAGUCAGUCGCACACAUAAAUUCUGUGAUUAGAAGCAAAAAUGUCUCUGAUCCCAAGCUUCUUCGGGCGCCGCAGCAGCAACGUGUUCGAUCCAUUCUCCCUCGAUGUUUGGGAUCCUUUUCAGGACUUUCCUCUCUCCACCAACUUCCCCUCCUCCGCGCGUGAAACCACUGCGGUGGCGAAUGCCCGCAUCGACUGGAAAGAGACGCCGGAAGCUCAUCUCUUCAAGGUUGAUGUUCCCGGAUUGAAGAAGGAAGAAGUCAAGGUUGAGGUUGAGGAUGGUGGAAUUCUCCAAAUCAGUGGGGAGAGAAGCAAGGAGCAGGAAGAGAAGAAUGACAAGUGGCACCGUGUGGAAAGGAGUAGCGGCAAGUUUUGCCGCCGCUUCAGGCUGCCGGAGAAUGCGAAGCUGGAGCAGGUGAAGGCGGCGAUGGAGAAUGGGGUGCUCACGGUGACUGUGCCCAAGGAGGAAGUUAAGAAGCCUGAAGUGAAGGCUAUUGAUAUCUCUGGUUAAUUACAUUAUCAUCUUUAAUCUAUUGAAAUGUUAUUUAUUAGUACUAUUAUGAUAAAAGAGUGAUAUUGAACUCAUAAAUGAUGUGAAAUUUUAAUACCGACUGUAAUGAACUCCUUUUUAUAUUUGUA